CAAUGCCGCGCCUUCCCGAGAACCUGCUCCAACUUCUCCAAGUGCUAGAGAUCAUUUGAGAUGAUGUUGCUGCGGUGGAAUUUAAGCUGAAUUACAGGAUUUUGGGUUCUGUGUGGAAGGAAUAUUGAUUGUACAAAACCUUGUGUUGGUGUUGAUGACACUCGGAUCUCUGGGGAACUUAAGGAGUUUUAGGAGUUUCAGGAGUUUUAGGAGUAUCAGGAGUUCAGGGAUGCAGAAUGGAUCCCAAAUCAGACCUCCUGCUUCAGACCACAGGCUGUACAUCGCUGAGGGCCAUCAGCAGGUUCAUGGGAAUUCCUCUGGAUCAGGUGAACUUUAUCAUGUGCCAGAUGUUCGGCCUGGCUGCUGCCUUCUGGUUUCGUCUGUGUCUCAGUCCUCAGCAGGCCAGUCCAGCUCUGCGUCAUGCCGUCGCUAGUUUCUUGGGGUCGAUGUUUGUUAUAUUCUGCUUCGGAUGGUAUUCCUUGCACGUCUUCGUCCUUACUCUCAUCUGUUACGUCAUCCUGAAGAUAGCGAGCGCGCGCACUGUUCACUGGUACUCGAUGCUUGUGGCGAUGGGCUACCUCACGGUGUGCCAGGUCAGCAGGGUCUUCAUCUUCAACUACGGCAUCCCUGCCACAGACUUCUCAGGACCUCUGAUGAUGCUGGUGCAGAAGAUCACCACUCUGGCAUUUCAGCUUCAUGAUGGAAAGUGUCGCAAGCAGGAAGAUCUCACUGUGGAACAGAGACAUAUGGCUGUUGUCACCCAGCCGACGCUGCUGGAGUACCUGAGCUACACGCUGAACUUCAUGAGCAUCCUGGUGGGGCCGUGUAGCAGCUACAGAGACUACAUCGAGUUUAUAGAAGGACACCACGUUCACAACAAACUCAAACUGCAGCACAACGGCAACAACACACAAGCGCAUCCAUCACCUGUGCGAGUCGUGUGUCAGAAGUUGGUGGUGUGUGUCGGCUGCCUCUUCUGGUUCUUCCUGGUCACCAGAAGAUUCCCGAUCGGCUACAACGUGGAUCCUCUCUUCAUUAGCGAGGCCUCAUUCCUCAGCAGGCUAGCUUACGCAUUCGUCUCCAUCCAGGCGGCUCGGCCGAAGUUUUACUUCGCUUGGACUUUAGCUGAUGCAGUCCAUAAUGCAGCGGGAUACGGCGUCAGCGGAUUUGACCGGAAAGGCCGCGUGGCCUGGGACCUCGUCUCUAACAUCCACAUCUGGGAAAUCGAGACAGCGACCAACUUCAAAUCCUUCAUUGACAACUGGAACAUUCAGACAGGGGUGUGGCUUAAGAGUGUGUGCUAUGACCGUGUGCCAUAUUACCGUACGCCUCUGACGUUUUUGCUGUCGGCGUUGUGGCACGGAAUUUACCCUGGAUAUUACUUCACAUUUCUCUUGGGGAUCCCCAUCACGCUGGCUGCCCGUGCUGCCCGCAGGAAUUUCCGCCACUAUUUCUUACAUUCGUACUCUGUCAAGCUGGCGUAUGACAUCAUCACCUGGGCAGUGACGCAGCUGACCAUCUGUUACACCGUCAUGCCAUUCUUACUGCUGGCUGUGGAGCCGACGAUCAUCUAUUACAGGUCCAUGUACUUCCAUGUGCACAUCAUUAGCAUUCUGGCGAUGAUCGUCCUGCCCAGCAAACCCAGGAGGCCCGAUCUCUAUGCCCAGCACUCCAACAAUAAUGUGAAGAGAGAAUAAAGACCCUGCCCUCUCUCUCUGUGUGUGUGUGUGUGUGUGUGUGGAGAGAGAGGGUUGCACAAAGAAGGCUCUGUGUGAGAUAAACGCACACGCGCACACACGCACACACGAAGGAUGAUGAUGUUUAAACUGUAGGUCUAAAACAGGACUCAUUGGCACGGUCACUCCACACCAAGCUAGUAUUCAGACAAGACGGAGUGAUCACAUCUUUACUAAGUAAAUUAAUGGUCAUUGUUUAGUGUUUUUAAAAAUUUAAACCCGGGGUAUUACACAGAUUUGGGGCCAGAGUGUUAAUUGUAAAUUAAUGUUGCCUAAUAUGUAUUUAUUUAUAUUAUACACACACAUAUAUAGACUGUAUAACGUUGUGACUUUUUGAUAAAAAUAAGAGCGCUACCUUUUUUGAAAGCUUCUUUUGAAUAAAAUAA